AUGGGAGCCCUGGGCCUGGAGCUGCCCUUGUCCUGCUGGGAGGUCUUGUGGCCACUGCCUGCCUACUUGCUGGUUUCCUCCAGCGGCUAUGACUUGGGCACUGUGGGCUAUGCCAUGGCCACAUGGCGUGAUUGCGAGGACACCAUACUCGCUAGCCACGACUGCUCCACGUCUGGCAGCACAAACGUUGCCCAGCUGUGUGUACGGCAGUGCGGACCAGUUUCCGGCAGCACUACCAUCUCCGUGUGCACCAUUUCAACUGUACAUAUAGCCUACUCAACUUACGACCAAAUCGUGUUACGACCGGUCCGCGGUCCCGACCGUGGUCGCAGGUACUGCCACCCACAGCAGCAAGGGUACAUCACCCCUUUCUACCCUCAAUCCAUUGAGAUCAUCCCAACCCUGACUCUGUGUGCCCCUCAUCAACAGCAUGGCUCCAACCCUACCUGUCGACUCAGGAGACACUGGGUUGGAAUUCCUGUGAUGCGUGCAAAGGACAUCAACAGCCUCUCAACACUUGCCAACUCUCAGAAAACUAGGAAAACAGGAGAAACUAACUCAACUGAUAAAGAACAUCUACAGCUUUUCCAGCGGCUCCCGAAGACGGCGGAGGUGCAGGUCCUGGGGCUUGAUGGCCGAGGCCAUCUCCUGGGCCGCCUGGCAGCCAUCGCGGCUGAGCAGGUACUGCUGGGCCGGAAGGCGGUGGUCGUUCGCUGCGAGGGCAUCAACAUUUCUGGCAAUUUCUACAGAAACAAGUUGAAGUACCUGGCUUUCCUCCGCAAGCGGAUGAACACCAACCCUUCCCGAGGCCCCUACCACUUCGGGAACCCCACCACUUCCGGGCCCCCACCACUUCGGGAACCCCACCACUUCCGGGCCCCCACCACUUCCGGGCCCCCACCACUUCCGGCUUCCGGGCCCCCACCACUUCAGGGCCCCCACCACUUCAGGGCCCCCACCACUUUCGGGCCCCCACCACUUCGGGGCCCCCACCACUUCCGGGCCCCCAGCCGCAUCUUCCGGCGGCCCGGGCGAGGCGUGCUGCCCCACAAGACCAAGCAAGGCCCGGCCGCCCUGGGCCUCAAGGUGUUUGACGGCAUCCCACCGCCCUACGACACGGUAGAGCGGGUGGUGGUUCCUGCGGCCCCCAAGGUGGUGCGUCUGAAGCCCACAAGGAAGUUUGCCUCUCCGCGGCGCCUGGCUCACGAGGUUGGCUGCAAGUACCAGGCAGUGAGAGCCACCCUGGAGGAGAAGAGGAAGGAGAAGGCCAAGAUCCGCUACGGGAAGAAGAAACAGCUCAUGAGGCUACGGAAACAAGCCGAGAAGAACGUGGAGAAGGAAACUGACAAAUACACAGAGGUCCUCAAGACGCAUGGACUCCUGGUCUGAGCCCAGUAAAGACUGUUAAUGCCUCA